GGACUUCAAUCUUAUGGCUUUAUAGGUUUGCUUUUGUUAAGAGAUGUGCACAAAUCUGCUUAUGUUGUUUUCCUUUCCUAUUACUGUGAAUGUGUGUUGUCAUGCCUUGAUGAGUCUUAGCCUUACUUCUUUGAGGUUGAUCCUUGUUAACGGCCGUCGGUUUCUGGAUGCGAUUCCCUGCGUUUGGAAGAUGACGAUGCCAGGAGAGACCGAAUCGGCGUGACUCACUUUGCGAGAGGAGAAACUUUUUCCCCCAUUUGAAGGCACUCAAACACACGCAGCACUUAAAGCUGAAGUUGGUUUCAAAGCUGAAGUCCUCUGCUUUCCCGGGAUUUGUCUGUGUCAAUUUUCAGAAGCUGCUUAUUUUUUCUUUUCCUCCUCCCCGAUCCCCCCCCGAAGGAAACUGUUGCUCUUUGGAAUAGACUUCUUAAAUGUUUGGGAUCCAAGAUACUUUGGGAAGAGGACCGAUUCUGAAAGACAAAUCUCUGGGUUCUGAGAUGGAUUCCGUCAGGUCCUGGGUCAGAAACGUUGGGGUUGUGGAUGCAAAUGUAGCAGCACAAAGCGGCGUAGCUCUGUCCAGAGCCCACUUUGAGAAGCAGCCGCCCUCCAACUUGAGGAAAUCCAAUUUCUUUCACUUCGUUCUGGCGCUCUACGACAGACAAGGGCAGCCCGUGGAAAUAGAGAGGACGGCUUUUGUGGACUUUGUAGAAAACGAUAAAGAGCAAGGCAACGAAAAGACCAACAACGGCACGCAUUACAAACUGCAGCUCCUGUACAGCAACGGUGUCAGGACUGAACAGGAUCUGUAUGUCAGACUCAUUGAUUCCGUCACCAAGCAGCCCAUAACUUACGAAGGACAGAACAAGAACCCUGAGAUGUGCAGAGUGCUGCUCACCCAUGAAGUCAUGUGCAGUCGGUGCUGCGAGAAGAAGAGUUGUGGCAACAGAAACGAGACUCCAUCGGACCCCGUGAUCAUCGACAGAUUCUUCUUAAAAUUUUUUCUCAAGUGCAAUCAGAAUUGUUUGAAAACAGCAGGAAACCCCCGAGAUAUGAGGCGGUUCCAGGUAGUGCUAUCCACAACAGUGAAUGUUGAUGGGCACGUGCUGGCAGUGUCUGACAACAUGUUUGUUCACAACAACUCCAAGCAUGGACGGAGAGCAAGGAGACUCGACCCCUCUGAAGCCACACCUUGCAUCAAAGCAAUCAGCCCAAGCGAAGGGUGGACAACAGGAGGAGCAAUGGUGAUCAUUAUUGGAGACAACUUCUUUGAUGGGCUUCAAGUAGUGUUUGGAACCAUGCUUGUGUGGAGUGAGCUUAUCACACCUCAUGCCAUUCGAGUUCAGACGCCUCCACGUCACAUUCCCGGAGUGGUUGAAGUGACAUUAUCAUACAAAUCCAAACAGUUUUGCAAAGGCGCCCCAGGCAGGUUUAUUUACACAGCUUUAAAUGAACCUACUAUAGAUUACGGUUUCCAAAGACUGCAAAAAGUCAUCCCAAGACAUCCCGGGGACCCUGAAAGAUUAGCUAAGGAAAUGCUGUUGAAACGAGCUGCUGACCUAGUUGAAGCACUGUACGGAACGCCGCAUAACAACCAGGACAUCAUUCUGAAACGAGCUGCAGACAUCGCAGAAGCUCUCUACAGCGUACCGCGGAAUCCCGCGCAGAUCCCUGCACUGUCCAGCUCCCCGGCGCACAGCAGCAUGAUGGGCAUUAACUCCUACGGCAGCCAGCUGGGCGUCAGCAUCUCAGAGUCAACACAGGGAAACAACCAAGGUUACAUUCGUAACACAAGCAGCAUCUCACCCCGCGGUUACUCAUCCAGUUCCACACCUCAACAGUCCAAUUACAGCACUUCCAGCAACAGCAUGAACGGCUACAGCAACGUCCCCAUGUCAAACCUGGGUGUUCCAGGCUCCCCCGGUUUCAUUAACGGCUCUCCAACAGGAUCUCCUUAUGGAAUAAUGUCUUCAAGUCCAACAGUUGGCUCCUCCAGCACUUCUUCCAUCCUUCCGUUCUCCUCUUCCGUCUUUCCUGCUGUCAAACAGAAGAGUGCCUUUGCUCCCGUCAUCAGACCCCAAGGGUCUCCUUCUCCUGCCUGCUCCAGUGGCAAUGGAAAUGGGUUUAGAGCCAUGACUGGUCUUGUCGUUCCCCCGAUGUAAGGAAGAGGCAGCUUUGCUCCUCUCCCUCUUCCCUUUUUUCCUCUUUUUUUUCAUUUUUCUUUUACAGCACAAAACUACUUAUUGUGAUGGACCACUAAAAAGAAAAAAAAAAUAAAUAGCACUACAAGCUCUUUUUGGGGGGAAAGCCAGGCCCAGGAAAUAAAAGGAACAUUUUUUAUGGAUUGGACGAGACAGAAGGCUGCAUCUUUUACCUGUUUGAUAUUUCUGACACAACCACGUCAACUCCUAGAACACUGCGAACGAAAAAUCAGCCAAGAGCCAGAGGACAAACAACAGUUGGCAGAAUGGGAUCAGAAAUGCAAAGUCUUGAAAGACACGAAACCUUCCUAAGAUUUGUAAAAUAUUAAAAGGAAAAAGAAAUUGGCAAAAAUGAUUCAAGCUUGAUAUUUUGGAUACAAUUUGUUUUACUUUGUAGGGGAAAAAAGUUGAAGUUUCUAUUUUAUAUGGAGCCUUUCAGAUAUCAAUUUAGUUUAUGCAGAAAAAAAAAUAAAAAAAAAAAAUCAACAAAACAGGGUACCAGCAUGAGAGAAUUUCUAGGACAAACUGACACGAGUGAUGGAACUUUGGUGUAUGUGUGUAUUUGCUUAUAGUUUAACCUCUUUAAAAAUGUAAGAUGUUUUACAAUUAUUUAAAUAAAUAAACUUGUAACUUAUUGUAUGUAGAGGUAGAAAUUAAACCUUUUUUGGAUUUUUUCCUCCAGUUGUACAAUGAAGAAAAAUGAUGCAAAAAUGUAGUGACAAGUUCAAGAUAUAUUAUUACUGCUGCGGUCGCUCCUCACUUCUUCCCUCUUAGUGAAUCCAUGUGCAAGGAUAUCAUAGGAUUCUUUCUGAUCAAUUAACAAAAUCAUCAGAAACUGAUAAACACGUGAUGAUAUACAGAACACUGAUUCACAUACAAAUUUUCAUCCUCCUCCUCUUCCCCCCCUCCUGUGUUUUGUUUGAAUUAAGACAUUCAGGUACUAAGAUGAACUGGUAAGUUUCAACGACCCCAUUGGCAAAUGAGUGGCACACGUAGGGAUUUGAACCAUUUGGAGUCUUCACAAGGUACCGAGUUUACUUUAUACACUCAGUGUAUGAACUGGGGAGAGAAAGAGUUCUCUCAAAUAUUGUUCUUCUGUGCAGUUGGAACACCUUGCAUUCAGUUAUACUUCGCGUUAAGGGCGCAUUUGUAAAGGGAAGAUACGUUUUUCAAUAACUUAUGCACUUUUAUCUUGAGUCAUUCCCAGCGGUAAGUAUUUUCCAUUUAUACACUGAAGUUUGUAGAAGCAUCCAGUGUGAUUUUUUUCUGCAUUUUGGCCUAAAACUGACAUUUAGCUCUCCUUUGCUUCUCCCCUCCUGAAGUUGGAAGGUGAGAAUGUAAGGAAAGCAAUCACAACUUAUCUGAUAAAGCGGAGACCACUAAAAAGAAAUUGAUUUUGUUGGAAAGCCAUUUUUUUGAGGAAAAUAAAAGUCAGCUACACUAUUUACUCCCUACUAAAACACCAUUCACAGCUUCAUGAAUAGUUGUUCCUAUGAUAGCAUCUAUCUGUUGAUAAAUAAAUCCUUAAUAUAUGGUCCCUAAAACUACUUGUCCAAUGCCCAGUAUUUUUACCAAUACGUUAAAUAGUAUUCUUGUGAUUCAACAAUUUGUGGUAGAUGACGUUCUCCAUCUUGAGUCCAUCCUGAACUGGACAGCUGGGACAGCAAUGGCUGAGGCCAUUUGGAGCAAAUUUGGAUUAGUAAUAGAUUAGAAGGUCCCUGUGGUUCAGAGCCAGCUGCAGCGAUCAGUGCCUGAAGCUCGGUGUUGUGUGGUCUGAUUGUCAUAGGCUCCCACCUUACAGACAGGUUUUGGCACAGGACUGCAUUCUGCAAACGUGUAAAAUCAUUCCUGUAAAUAGCCUGGUGCAGGGAAGCUGACUUCUUGUGACUGCACUUCUGGUUCAAACUGCUAAAAACAGGGCCUCCUCGAAGCUUAAUUUGGUGAAGCAUACAGUUCACCUUCUGAGAAAUGUAUUUGGUUUACAGACAUGUUAGCAGGAUGUGUUUCUAAACUGGAAUGCAGCACAGCAGGGAAGCCAGUGGACUGCAAAGACAAUGAAUUGAGCUAUUCCUAUGGCUCCUGAUGGUGAUCCACCUAUUGGGAAGCAGCUCUGUGCUGCUCCUGACUGCUGUGAUAUUUCAGGAGGGCUUCUCAUGUCAUAUUUUAGAAAGGGAAGAGAGAGGUUACUGUCUUCUAAAACUCAUGGCCCAAUUUAUCAGAAAAAGUAGCAAUUUAAAGCAGCUUUACAAAGAAAUUUGCUGGGAAUAAUGUGCUUUUAAGAAGCACAGAUACAGUUAGUCAGAGUCUUACAGCCAGGAUACUAAGAAAGUGUCUCAUUCCAGAAAAGAUGAAAGAAAAUAACUCACCGC